AUGGGGGAACAUCCGUUCCAAGAGAACCGGAAGACCGGGGCUAUGCAGGGGACCACCACGGAAGACCAGGACAGCAAUCAGACGAGGCUGCCCGUCAGUCUAUUCCUGCCCGACCAUCACUUAGAAAUCCCAGGGCUUCCUGGAACGGCGACCACUUGGGUCUCAUGCCAUUUACUUGGUUUUCUACAGGAUGGGUUUGGGGGAACAGCUUGCGAAACCUGUGCUGAUGACAACUUGUUCGGGCCCAGCUGUUCAGCAGUGUGCAGCUGUGUGCACGGAGUGUGCAACAGUGGGAUAGACGGUGAUGGAAGCUGUGAGUGCUACUCUGCGUACACUGGCCCCAGCUGUGACAAGCCCAUCCCUGAAUGUGCAGCCUUGCUCUGCCCCGAAAAUUCCAGAUGCUCACCUUCCAGCCAAGAUGAAACGAAACUGGAAUGCAAAUGCCUUCCCAAUUACCAAGGCGAUGGCCACUACUGUGAGCCCAUCAAUCCAUGUUUACAAGCAAUCUGCCAUCCUCAUGCUCAUUGCACGUAUCUGGGACCGAAUCGGCACAGUUGCACAUGCCAAGAAGGCUACCACGGAGAUGGCCAAGUGUGCUUACCAGUAGAUCCCUGCCAGACUCACUACGGAAAUUGCCCUACAGAGUCUACAGUGUGCAUAUAUGAUGGGCCCGGACAGUCUCACUGUGAGUGUAAAGAACAUUACCGCAAUUAUGUCCCUGGAGUGGGGUGCAGCAUGAUCGAUGUCUGUGCGUCUAGUAACCCCUGCCAUAGGAACGCUAACUGCACUACCAUCGCACCAGGCCAACCCAAGACUGGUGGCGCUAUCGCCACCCUCUCCACCAUCACCAUCCUAGUCAUCGUCCUCACCAUCUACCAAGUACUGAGCUUUUCCUAUGUGUCUGUCACUGUACCAGCUGUUCUUCGUGCAUCGUCUCUUCCAUCGACAACCCUAAAGGUCAAAGAGCUCUUGAUGGAUAAGGAGGCUGCUCAGUACUUCGUGAAACUCCACAUAAUUGCUGGGCAGAUGAACACCGAGCGUAUGAAUAACACAGACACUUUCUACACCUUGACUGGAAAGUCAGGAGAAAUCUUCAAUGGCGAUAAGGACAAUCAAAUAAAACUUAAACUCUAUGGAGGCAAAAAGACGGUAAAAAUUAUACAGGGGGACAUAGUUGCUUCCAAUGGGCUCCUGCACAUCCUUGACAGAGCCAUGGACAAGAUGGCACCCACAUUUGAGAGCAACACUAAGCAAACCAUAAUGACAAUGCUACAACCAAGAUACAGCAAGUUCAGAUCUUUGUUAGAGGAAACCAAUGUGGGACAUGCCUUAGAUGAAGAUGGGGCUGGUGGACCAUACACCAUUUUCGUUCCAAGUAAUGAAGCAUUAAACAAUAUGAAGGACGGCACUCUUGAUUACCUCCUUUCUCCAGAGGGAUCUCGGAAGCUUCUGGAACUCGUCAGAUACCACAUUGUCCCAUUUACUCAGCUGGAAGUGGCUUCUCUUAUUGUGAUCCCACACAUUAGGAGCUUGGCCAACCAGAUCAUACAGUUCAACACAACCAACAACGGACAGAUUCUGGCAAAUGAUGUGGCCAUGGAAGAGACAGAGGUCAUUGCCAAAAACGGCCGAAUCUACACCCUGACUGGCGUCCUCAUUCCUCCCUCCAUUGUGCCGAUUCUGCCCCAUCGAUGUGAUGAAAGCAAGAGAGAGAUGAGACUGUAUCCAGCUGGCGUCUCACAUUGGCCAAGACCAUUAAGACACUGGCAGGGGGGUGCUGGGAGAUCAUUCUUCAAGGUCCACCUGCUGGAGCACAGAGCCCAAAAGAGGGACAGGUGCCUCUACAUGGCGGAGAAUCAAUCAGAAACCUCAGGCCGGUGGACGGUUGAUCUGACCGUGAACAAGGGAGAAGAGGGGGCUGCUCUGAGCAAGCUCAGUUCCAGCUCCUAA